GACAUCGAUCAGCUGGCAGAGUGACAGAUCCGUCGCUCAUCGGUUCAUUUAAAAUGGCAUCCACCACGGUGGCGACCGCUACGAUACGAGCUGUGACAGGAAGAAAAAUUCUUCCGACUCGCGCUGCGCUCAUCCUGACACCCAAUGCUGUUAAAAAAAUUAAAGAGAUUUUAAAGGAUAAAAGCGAAUAUAUUGGUCUGAAAGUUGGAGUACGGCAACGAGGAUGCAAUGGUUUGAGUUACACCUUAGAUUAUGCAAAAGAAAAAUCUAAGCUUGACGAGGAGGUGAUUCAGGAUGGUGUUUGUAUAUUCAUCGAUCGAAAGGCACAGCUAUCUCUUCUUGGAACAGAAAUGGAUUACACCGAAAACAAAUUAAGCUCCGAAUUUAUAUUCAAUAAUCCAAAUAUUAAAGGGACAUGUGGAUGUGGAGAAAGUUUUUCAGUGUAGUAAAAUUUAAUGUAAUAUAUAUUAUCAUAGUCUUGUGUGAUAUAAAAUUAUGUGUAAUUUGUAGUUAGUUAAAUUUAGGAUCUUUAAAAUACCUUGUGAUAUACAAUUUUUGUUUUUUCUCACAAUUGAAGGACUGAAUCUACAACACAACAGAUAUAUGUAACAAUCAUCACGAUUUAAUUUACCAUCUAUAAGUUUUGUACAUACCUUGCCAUGUUAUG